AUGUCCAUUAGACUCUCGUCUUUUACAUCAUUUUGUGUUAGAAAAAUAGGAAGACAGGUAACAAUAUUUAUUUUAAGUAGUCACAUGCAACAAAUGCAAAUAUAUCAAAGAAAAUAUUUUCAGUUUUUAAAUCGUACUUCUGUCAUUGUUCAACAAACUCGACAUUUACAAGUUCAUGAACAUAUCGCAUAUACUUUAUUGAAAAAUAGUGGAAUUCCAACUCCGCCUUUUGGAGUAGCCAAAACUCCAGACGAGGCUGCCAAGAUAGCAGCUGAUCUUAAGACAAAAGAUAUUGUUUUGAAAGCUCAAGUUCUUGCUGGAGGACGUGGAAUGGGGCACUUUAAAGAUACCAACGUCAGCGGUGUUGUUAUGUGUGAAACGCCUGAGCAAGCAAAGACUUUGACUAGUAAUAUGAUAGGUAAAUUGUUAAUAACUAAACAAACUGGAGAAGCUGGUAGAAUUUGUAAUUCAGUAAUGGUGACAACACGUAUGUUCCCACGUAAAGAAUAUUAUAUGGCAGUAAUGUUGGAACAAUCUUUUGAUGGUCCUGUUGUAAUUGUAUCUAAACAGGGUGGUGUAAAUAUCGAAGACAUCGCUGCCACGAAUCCGGAAGCUAUAUCGUAUACACCAGUGAAUAUCAUGAAAGGUUUAGCACUUGAACAAAUAAAUCAAAUUGUGGAUAACUUAGGUAUAGAAGGAGAGGAGAGGAAGACUACAUCGUUAAUUAUUUGUAAUCUCUACGAGUUGUUCAUCGAGAAAGAUGCAUUAUUACUUGAAAUUAAUCCAUUUGCAUUAGAUAUUUGCGGAGAAUAUUUUGCCUUAGAUUGUAAAUGUUCUUUUGACGACAGUUCAGAGUUCAGACAAAAGGAACUAUUUGCACUGCAAGAUUUCACACAACUAGAUCCUAAUGAAGUCCAAGCAUCUAAGUUUAAUUUAAGCUAUAUAGCUUUAGAUGGAAAUAUAGGGUGUAUGGUAAAUGGUGCAGGAUUAGCGAUGGCUACUAUGGAUUUAAUAAAAUACAAUGGCGGUAUGCCAGCUAAUUUUUUAGAUGUGGGUGGUAGUGCCACUGAAGAAGCUGUGAUGGAAGCUUUUAAAAUAAUAAUCUCUGAUCCAAAGGUAGAAGCAAUUUUCGUAAAUAUAUUUGGUGGUAUUAUGAGGUGUGAUAUAAUCGCGAAAGGUAUUAUCAAUGCGUCCAAAGAGUUACAGUUAAAUAUUCCCGUAGUUGUAAGACUGCAGGGAACUAAUGUAGAAGAAGCACAUCGAUUGAUACGGGAAGCACAAUUGAAAGUUAUUUCCGUAGAUGAUUUUGCCCAAGCUGCUGAAUCGGUUGUAAAAUUAUCUUUAAUAAUAAAAGCUGCAAAUUCUAUGAACUUGGACAUUUCUUUCACAUCCAAAGAAACAUCUAAAGAAAAGUCGAAAGUCGAAAGCAAGAAAAAGUAAAAAUGAAAUAAAUUUUUAUAUUUUUAGAGACACAAUU